AUGGCGGCGCGGCGGCUGGGACGCAGCUCCUGGCAGCAAGCGGUAUCGCUGAGCAGGCGGUGCUGCUUACUGGGCGGGAGGCGAGAGCGCUACCGGUGCUCUUCUAGUAGUACAGCUCUUGGGAAGACUGUGGACAAUUCAGAAGUUACUCGAGAAGAAAUUGUGCUUCCUCGAAGGAAAACCUGGGGUAAGCUAGCGGUUCUUCAAACAUUGGCUUCUACCGUGAACAGGGAUCCUACUGCUGCUCAUUAUAUGUUCCAGGAUGACCCUUUCCUUAUGCCAAGAAAUGCAGCCAAUUCUCGUCUAUUUUCAUUGUCGAAGGAGUCUGGGAGAAAUGCUGCAAAAUACAUUAUUAAGCAGUUUCCUCAAUAUUUUGACAAGACUUUUGCAGAGCCCAACGUACCAUGCUUGAUGCCUGAGACUCUUACACCUCAGAUUGAAGGGGUGAGUGAGGAAGCUCUAAAAGAGCGUAUUCACCUCAGAAGGGUGAAAGAUUCUGUGAAUCUGUUCGAUCAGCUCGUACAAGCAGGUACCUCUGUAUCUCUGGAGACCACAAACAGCCUUUUAGAUUUGUUAUGCUUCUAUGGAGAUGGAGAAUCUACUGCGGAAAAAGAGGAAGAAGAAAAAGAGGAUUUGGAAGAACCAGGGGUGAAUACUUCAGAGCAGAAGGCUCCAAGGAGACAAUUCCAAAGAGGUUCACAGUCAUCCGGCUCUAGAUGGAGGGAGAACAACAAUGCUGAAAGGAUAUUUAAGAUAAUGCCAGAGAGGAAUGCACACUCGUAUUGCACAAUGAUCCGUGGGAUGGUGAAGCAUGGGGCUUCUGCCAAAGCUUAUGACAUGUACAUAGACUUGCUGAAUGAAAGACACAAGGCUGAUGUGCACACCUUCAACGCACUGAUUACAGCAGUCCCAUAUCUAAAGGACACUUUCUUAGAAAGAUGGGAAUUAGCCAAGGUCUUCCUGAAUCACAUGGCUCAACAGGAAGUGCAACCAAAUGUGCUAACUUUUAAUGCUUUACUGAAGACUCUGAGAAGAUGUGGUGGUGUAGGCAGAAGUAUGUCUUUAUCGGUAAUAAAGGAAAUGGAAGCACUUGAUAUAGAGCCUAGCCUUGCAACGUAUGAUCAUCUUCUCUGUAUAUUUUAUAGAGGCGUUGAUCUUUGCCCAUCAGGCAUCAUCUCUGAGGUGCUAGAUGACGUUGAAAAGAGGAGUUUCACGCCCGAGGACCCUGAUGACGCCAACUUUUUUGCCACUGCUAUGCAAGCGUGCUGUGAUCUUAAGGAUAUCAAGCUUGCCUAUCAGUUAAAUAAGGCAAUGGAGAAGGGAGACAACUGGAAAUUCUUGGACAUGGAUCGGCUAAAUGCCUACUGGUCAAAAUUCUUUUCAUUAUUGUGUAUGAUGGAACAAAUUGAUGUUGUGUUGAAAUGGUACAAAGAAAUGUUCCCUUCGCUCUUCUAUCCAACUCCUAAAAAUAUAUUGGACCUCCUUCAAGCACUGGAUGCAGCCAACCACUUGGAAGUGAUCCCUUCAGUCUGGGAAGAUAUGAAACAGCUGGGGUUCAAUAGGAGACAAGACCUGUUGGAAGAGCUCUUGCAUUUGAUGAGCAGGGAGCAGCACCCUGAUGAGAUUCAACUGGCGUUUGCCAAGUGUGCUGAAGACAUCAAAGCUGUCCAUGAGCAAACUGGGAGGGAGCAGGCCCCGUUAGAAUGGACAGGCAGUGCACUGGGCCAUGUCGCUCUGUUGUUUUCCAGGGCUGGGAGAACCCAGGACGCUUGGAACAUGAUGGAGCGUUUCCAGCAAAUCAAUAGGAUUCCCACUGACCAGGUGAUGGAUGCGUUCUUGAACUGUGCUAAACAAACCAAUUGCCCAGAUGAGGCAAUUAAGCUGGUAAAGCUGGCAGCAUCCCUCGGUCUUCCUUCAUCUCAAAGAAUUAAAAGCAGAACAGAGAAGGAAUUUGAACUCUCUGAAGAGCAGAAGAAGACAUUGGAGAGUAUCAAGUCAGACAGCGACAGCAGCGAUAGUGACAGCGAUAGCGACCGUGACUAGCUGUCCCUCUUGCCUUCCUCUCGGGAAAACUGGGAGCAACCCCUGCCGUGAUGCCAAGAGGCUUCUGUGAGAAGUGAAAUUACUGAAGGGACAGCUUCUGGGAGGUGCUGCGGCACUGCUAAGCACUCCGGAGCAUUCUGAUACGGGACCCGCUUGGCAAGAGUACGUUGUCCUCGUUGGAACAAGCUGGGAACUGUCCUGUUUAAUCUUCUUGGUAACUUCAAACACAGCGUGGGCUACACCAACAGAGUCUCUCUUCCACACCGCUACCUGCACAAGCUGGCUCCUGCUGGGCAGCUGCGGCCUGCUUAAGCAUCUUGGCUGAGGUACCGGAGGGCUACAGUCAGAGGGUGCAGCUUCCUGGAGGCUGCUCAGCAGGUACAAGACUUUGACAGCUUGAGCAUUUCUCUUGGACCUCCUGUGACUUAAACCUGUGCCAGAUUUAAUUCCUUUCCAGCUAACUUUAAUGAACUACUUAAAUACCAAGUUUACUCUGUAUGUAAACACUGCAAGUAAUGCAAUACUCAUCACCUGUGGUAUUAUUCCUCAUCCUUUCUGGUGUUUUGGGACAGGCUUUGGACUGUAGAUGUUAAAAAGCUACGAUUUGUACAGCUGGAGACUGCAUCUAAUAAACGGCUGACAUGAAAGCUGGCUGUAUUCUGAUAAUCCCUGAGCAAAAACUGUUGAUUAUAAAGCGUUGCUGCUGCUCUGUGAGAGAGUAAGUAAAGUUCAUGCAGAAUACAGCAAUAAAGCGAGCGAGG